CGCAGUUGGUGGAUGUGGACAGAGGGUCGCACAUACUGCGCAGGGUCUCAGAGGAUUAUUCACGCUGCGAGCUGCUCCUUUUUUAUCCUGGACAAACCAAUUCACUGUGGAUGUACUCGCGCCAAAGGAAUAUAAAGAGGGGAUUACUGAAGGACGGGACAUCCAUUACCAUGGAUGGGAUAAAACUUCUGGUGGUUCUCUGCGUUAUCUCGGCGACAGUCUCUGUUGGCUCCGGACUCCUUCCUCCGACCAUCAUUUCCAAUGAGGACGAGUUUGUUCUAAAGCCCAACUCCAUCUUCAACAUAAGCUGCACAGGGAAAAGAAAUGUAGUUUGGGCUGAGCCUCUGCCCAAAAAUGUUUACGUCUACCCUGGAUACUAUACGGCGACGCUGUUCAUCGACCAUGCAACUGUGGAAAACACCGGCUACUACAUGUGCGUGUAUGAAAACCGAGAGCUGGAGGAGGGCAUGUACGAGGACAACGAAGCAGGGAUCUAUAUUUAUGUACCAGACCCUUUGUUUCCUUUCGUCCCGGAGUCUCCUGAAAACCUGGUGGUCCCAAUGGACACAGCUGGCGUUCCUAUCUCCUGCCGUGUUUCGGACCCCAACUCUCAUGUCAUACUGAGAAGUGUCCCCAGUGGAGAGGAGAUGUCUGCUUACUAUGAUAACAAGAUGGGCUUCUUUGGAAGUCUGACUCCCGGCCAGUACCAGUGUGAGACCACUGUGAGAGGACAGACGAUCAGGAGCGACGUCUACACUGUGGAGGAUCAGGUCACCAUUGAAAUGGACGACAUCGAAGUGGAGGUGAGAGCGAGUUCCGAAGCCGUUCCGGCGGGUCAGCCUUUCAACAUCUCUUGUGUUGGCCCUGCCGGACCCGAAUUCAUCCACCAGUGGGUUCAUCCAAAAACACAGGCUGAAAAUGCCGUUCAGUUCAAACAGACUUCCUCUGACCGGGUCAUCUACACUCUUAGUAUUGAAGAAGCAAACGUUAAAGACACUGGCAGCUACGAGUGCUCCAUCACCCAUGUUCACAGCGGACAGGCUCGAGUCAGCAGCGUCGCGGUCACUGUCUUCGAGGAGAAUUCCUUCGUGACUCUGGAUCACAGCGGCAUUGGGUCGACGGUGUUCGUGAGCCUGUUGGAGGAGACAGAGUUUACCAUCUUAAUACAUGCGUACCCGGCUCCCAAAAUCUCUUGGCUGAAAGACGGAAAGUCCAUAACAGAGAACUACUACGUGACCACGAGUUCGAGUCACCUCGACGGAAAUCGGUAUCAAAGUAUUAUCAUAUUCCGGCAGCCGAUGGAGAAAGACAAUGGGAAUUACACCAUCUCUACUGUCAGUGGCUCUCACUCCGCUCACUUCUCCUUCAUCCUGAAUGUUAAAGCCUCCAGCUCUUUCACAUUCCCUCCCUCAUCAGCGCCGGUGCUGCUGCCCAGCAUGGAGGAGAUGGUGGUCCAGCUCCAUAAUUCUUUCACCCUGACCUGUCGUGGUGAGGCUAAACUGAUCUGGGACAUUCCCCUAGAAGUGCCUGAGCAAACUCAGCAGGACAACAGUGGCUUGUUUGUCACCACCAUCACGGUCCACAAUGCUACUGCCAUGCACACCGGUUACUACAGAUGCCUCUACAGCAGGAACGAUACAGAGGAGAGUGAAGACAGCAGCAUCUACAUCUAUGUGCCAGAUCCAGACGUUCCUUUUGUGCCGUCGUUGACGUCGCCGUUUGCCAACCACGUGCUGUCUGACCAUGAAGAGAUGGAGAUCCAGUGCCGUGUGACCGACCCUUCCGCUGUUGUCACGCUGGUGAACGUUGACACCCAGCAGCCCGUGUCGAGCAUCUACGACAGCAAAAGAGGAGCUUUGGGGAUUUUCACUGCCGGAACAUACAUGUGCAAGGCAGCCAUCAACGGAGAGGAACAUUACAGCGAAGAAUACAUCGUCCACGGAUGGACAGGUUCAGCGGAAUUAAAGGUGGAGCUGUCAGCCAAACGCACAGCUCUGCUGGUUGGUGACACUCUUACAGUGACCUGCGUGGCUCGAGGAUCUGAGAUUCUGGACGACCACUGGAAAUACCCCGGCAAGCUGGCAAAUCGUGGUGUCAAGACAGUUCAGGAGAACAAGAGGAACCAGGAGAUCGUCUACACACUGACAAUCCCACAAGCCUCGUCCAAGGACAGUGGGAUUUACUCCUGCUCCAUCACCGAUAUCAUCAGCAACGAGAGCCAGACCAAGCAGCUGGCCGUCAGAGUUUACGAAAGUGAGUUUCUGUCAGUCAAGCCGGAGUUCAGUGACCGGGAAUCAGCUGAGCUGGACGAGGUCCGGGAAUUCAGAGCCCAGAUCGACACCUUCCCUGAUGUUCGCGUCACUUGGCUGAAAGACGGCUUUUCUCUCAAUGAUGUAACAGCUGAAAUAUCCACCAGCCUGCGGCAGGUCAGCGAGACGAGGUACCUCAGUGUUCUAACGCUGAUCCGUGCCAAAGAGGAGGACAGAGGGAACUACACCAUGAGAGCGGAGAAUGGGAACCAAAGUCAGAGUGUCAGCUUCAGCCUUCAGGUUAAAGUCCCAGCUGUCAUCGUUGACCUCAUGGACAUCCACCACGGCUCAGCCAUGGGACAGUCGGUGAUCUGCGUCACUGGUGGUCAGCCCACUCCUGACAUUGAGUGGUUUGUGUGCAAGAACAUUAAACACUGUGCCAACGACUCGUCCUUCUGGGAGCCGCUGCCCGCCAACUCCACUGAGGUCUCCAUGGACUCUCACCUGGAUGAGUACAACAAUCUAGAGAGCCAGGUGGUGUUUGGUCAUCUGGAGAGCACGGUGGCCGUCCGCUGCCUGGCCAGGAAUGAAAUGGCUGCCGUCAGCAGAGAAAUCAAACUGGUGUCCAACGGCCGCCAUCCCGAGCUGACCGCUGCUGCUGUUGUGCUGGUCAUCCUCGUCUUCAUCAUCAUCUUACUCAUUGUCUUGGUUGUUGUCUGGAAACAGAAACCUCGAUACGAGAUCCGCUGGAGGGUGAUUGAGUCUGUGAGUCCAGAUGGGCACGAGUACAUCUACGUGGACCCAAUGCAGCUUCCCUAUGACUCCAGAUGGGAGUUCCCUCGGGACAGACUUGUGCUUGGUCGCAUUCUUGGUUCUGGAGCGUUUGGAAAGGUCGUGGAGGGAACCGCUUACGGACUGAGUCGCUCCCAACCUGUGAUGAAGGUGGCGGUGAAAAUGUUAAAACCAACAGCCCGCUCCAGUGAGAAGCAGGCCCUCAUGUCUGAGUUGAAGAUCAUGACUCAUCUAGGACCUCAUCUGAACAUUGUGAACCUCCUGGGAGCCUGCACCAAGUCAGGCCCAAUCUAUAUCAUCACAGAGUACUGCUUCUACGGGGACCUGGUCAACUACCUGCACAAGAACCGAGAGAAUUUCCUCAGCCUGAGUCCAGAGAAGCAUAAGAAAGACUUGGAUAUCUUCGGCAUCAACCCUGCAGACGAGAGCAGCCGGAGCUACGUGAUCCUGUCGUUCGAGGGCAAAGGAGACUACAUGGACAUGAAGCAGGUGGACAACACUCAGUACGUCCCCAUGCUGGAGAUGAGCAACGCCUCCAAGUACUCAGACAUUCAGAGCUCCAACUACGACCACCCUCCCUCUAAGAAGGACUCGAGUGAGCUGGACAGUCUGCUGUCCGACGACAUGAACGCCGGCCUCAGCACCACCGACCUGCUCAGCUUCACCUACCAGGUGGCCAGAGGCAUGGAGUUCCUGGCUUCCAAAAACUGCGUCCAUCGAGACCUGGCGGCCAGAAACGUCCUGCUCUCUCAGGGCAAGAUUGUGAAGAUCUGCGACUUCGGACUAGCCAGGGACAUCAUGCACGACAACAACUACGUGUCCAAAGGAAGUACCUUCCUGCCUGUCAAAUGGAUGGCGCCUGAAAGCAUUUUCGAUAAUCUCUACACGACGCUCAGCGAUGUUUGGUCGUACGGUAUUCUGCUGUGGGAGAUCUUCUCAUUAGGAGGAACUCCGUACCCCGGGAUGGUUGUGGACUCCAGCUUCUACAAUAAGAUCAAAAGUGGCUACAGGAUGUCCAAACCAGAGCAUGCUCCCCACGAUAUGUAUGAGCUGAUGAUGAAAUGCUGGAACAGCGAGCCUGAGAAACGACCUUCUUUCUUGGGUCUGAGCGAAACAGUUUCUUCCCUGCUGCCCUCCAGCUACAAGCGGCAUUACGAGAAAGUAAACCACGAGUUCCUGAAAAGCGACCACCCGGCCGUGACCAGAGUCUGCAUGGAGAACGACGACUACAUCGACAUCCCGUACAAGAACCAGAGCAAGCUGAAGGACAGAGAGAGCGGCUUUGAUGAACAGAGACUCAGCUCCGACAGUGGAUACAUUAUCCCACUUCCCGAUCUCGACCCGAUAUCUGACGAGGAAUACGGCAAGAGGAACCGACACAGCUCUCAGACAUCUGAGGAAAGUGCCAUCGACACUGGCUCCAGCAGCUCCACCUACAACAAGCGAGAGGGCGAGACUCUUGAGGACAUCACGCUGCUGGACGAGAUGUGUUUGGACUGUAGUGACCUGGUGGAGGACAGUUUCCUGUGACCAACGCCAGAGGAGACUGAGGGGCGGGAAGCUGGACACAAGACCAAAACUGAACUGAAACCGUCCUCUCUGGCCCCGACAGUGCUGCUCCAACACGAAACCCAAACCACUCUAAGUGACUCGUUCCAGUUCCCCGCUGGACUUCGCCCCUCGCUGGGCUGCAGGAGUGAGUGAGACAAUCUUAGAGCAACCCAUCCCGACAACUCUUUGUGGCAUUGUUUUCUAAAGAAAUAUAAACAAGAAGAGUGAUUCUUGGUCAGCAGCUUUACACCAGAUGGUAUUAUUCAAUCAUAUUUAACCACUACAGAUGCACUAUUUAAACAAAAACGAGUCCAAAAAUAAACUUUCUCAAGAGAGAAGCACCUGAUGCUGGUACAAUCAGUAGCAAAACUUAAAAAGCACAAGAUCAGAACUUUUUUGUUUAUAAAUGCGUAUGAAAAGUUAUUUUUUUACGACACCUAAACCAGUGUUAUUUGUGAAUCCAUAUAGCUAUUACAUCUGUUUACAAGAGUAGAGCUUUCUUUUGUUCCACGUGUCUAUCUCUUUUGUGUCACAGUCCAGAAUGAGCCUCAAAUGUCGUGUAUGCGUUGAGAAAAGUGUGAUUGUAUUGUAAAUAGAGCCAGAGUUGUUUUAUAAGAGAGAAGAUGGAAUAAUGUUCAUUGUGUAUUAUAUCAGCACGUACUAAGCUUCAACGAGACACAGCGGCAGCAUACUGUUAUCAAUUGUGUAUCUACGGAAACGACUCCCCGUCUUGAUGGGAUCUGCAUUAUUGGGGUGGAUAUAACCAAGUUCAUGUUAGUAGCCCUUCUCCAGCUAUACCACUGCCUCCGACUCUUCCAGUCAACUGUGAUGUACUCCACAAUCGGUCGUUGCACUUUCUUUUCUACCCAUUUAUGAUGCUGCCAAAAACCUUUCCAUCCCAUCGGAGCUCACUGAGUCCUGCUUCAUGGACUCCACCAGAGUGUGUGCGGCUGGACCUGUCUGUGCAUCGGUACAUGAUGGAUCGCUUCAGUGUCAUUAUUUUGUAUUUGCUAUGUACAUUCAGAUGAUUUAUAUUUCAAUAAAUGAUUUACG